UCGUGAUUUUGAACGUGUCGUGCAGCAGUCGCAGUUUAGCUGAUCCGCUCCGAUCUGAUCCGAUCCGAUCCGAUCGAAAAACCAAACGAGACGUGACUAAACGAGGCUUCGUCGCCCAUUUCCCUUACCAAACCACUAGCUAACUGACCUAAACUAACUGUAAAAAGUUCAGCUCAAGUGUCCUGUUGUCGCUGUUGUGUGUGUGUUUUGUUCUUGUGAAUAUACUUUAAUAGCCAGCUUGCAGUGAAACGAAUAAAGGAUAUACGCAUUAUCCAGUAUUUAGUUAAAAUACGCCCAAACGGGCCUUUUUAUACAAUCAAAGACUGACUGCUGACAGCAACAUGAGGAAUAAACAGCUAACGCUGCUAUUUGGCCUUUUUGCCGUUUUAAGCUCACUACAACACUGCCAGGCCGCCUAUCCGUAUUAUGGCACGAAAAUCGGCGCACUGACACGUCUGCACCAUGGCGUUUCCGGCGAUGUUUAUGCCGUCGACUCGCGCACAAUCUUCAUCAAGAAAUUCAACUAUGAUGGCGAGGCGCCCGCUGCUUACUUCUAUGUUGGAAACACAGCACGUCCGAGCAAUGAGGGAGCAGCACGUUUGCGGGAUGAGCGUGGAGGAACCACGGCGCUGACGCGCCGCUAUCGCAACAAAGACAUCACGCUCUCCCUGCCAGAGGGAAAAACGUUGCGCGACAUCAAAUGGUUCUCGGUGUGGUGCGAUGAGUUUGCCGUCAACUUCGGGGAUGUGUCCAUACCCAAUAACUUGGAUUUUCCCCGGCCCCAGAAGAUUGGCGCGCUGCGCGGUGUCCAUGGAGUGUCCUCCGACAACAUCGUGAUUGUUGAUGCGCAGACGUUAUUGGUGCCCAACUUUAGCUAUGACGGAGAAGCGCCAGAUGCCAAGUUCUGGGUGGGCCGUGGCCAGCGUCCCUCUCCCGAUGGUCUCCGCAUACCCGAUGAGAAUGGCAAGGAGAAUCCUUUGCGUCGCUACGAUCGCAAGACAAUUGUGUUGACGCUGCCGGAGGACUUGACCAUAUUCGAUGUCGGGCACUUUGGUGUCUGGUGCGAGGCCUUCACCGUUGACUUUGGUCAUGUGCGCCUGCCCGAGGGACUCAAUGUGCCGCCUUCGCUAAAAAUGCUCGGCAUUAGUCCACAGUCUAAGCUGAACUGUGAAGUGCUCUACGACGAUCUCGCCUUCGAAGUGCGCUGGGCCGUGGCCGGCGAGAGCAUUGUUGUUCAAUUGGUCGCCAAAUUGGAAGCGAACAACUACAUGUCCUUCGGUAUAUCCCCUAACAAGAGUAUUAGUCAAAUGAUAGGCGCUGAUGCAGUUGUUGCUUGGGUCGAUCCAGAAACAGGCAAUGGCUUUGCUCAGGACUACUUCUUAGAGGGCAAGGCGCAAUGUUCCGGUGGACGAGGCGCUUGUCCGGACACCAAAAUACAGGACAAAACCAACUCUAUACGGUUGCUCAAUGCGGCCAUGGUAAAUGGCUACUCCAUUGUCACCUACCAACGUUCACUCGCUGCCACAGAUAGUUUGGAUCUGCCUAUUUCCAUUGUCGAUGCCGAGUCCGUGGUCUGGGCUAUUGGUCCUCUUAACGACUAUAAGGAGACAUCAUUCCACACCUACUACAACAAACACUUGCAUCAAAUAGAGUUUGGCCGUCAGCCGAAAUGGAACUGUCCAUUGCCUGAAGGCUCAAGACCUGGUUCUGGUUCCAGUUCUGCCGAAGACGAGGACAAUGUUCCCCAAACCAGCAGUUCAUCGAGCACUGGUGGUCUAGGCUAUCCACCCGCAGGCCGUCCCAACUUGGAACCGGAGGAGGAGUUCUAUGAGAACAGGCCGCAAGCUUUGCAACGCCAACCCCCUAAUAGGCGCCCAGAAAAUUCUGCCUUGGCUCAGCGUCGACCUGUGCCGACACCCAAGCCGGUAAACAGCAAUGGUGCUUGGGAUAUCCCAGCCAUACAAUGCCAUGAGCCGGAAGACGGCGUUUUCUACGCACAAAUGGGUCCGACAGGUGGCAAACAUGGCUAUCCCGCCAUCACUGGUCACGUAGGCUGGGGAAUUUCCUGGUUCAUAAACGGCCUGCUUAUACCCGAACUUCAUGUUGUUCGCGGCAAGACCUAUACCUUUGUGGUGGAGGGCGGCAACAACCCAGACAUACCCGCCAAAUAUCAUCCCUUCUAUAUUACCGACGAUCCAGUCGGUGGUUUCGAGCACAAGCGUGAAGAGGAAAAGAAGGCUGUGCGCAUCUUUGCCGGCGUACAUCGAUCUCGCUCCGGACAGGUCACGCCCACUGGCGUAGGUCGUUUGUGCAACUGGACGCCUGAUGUGGAUGGCCCACCAGCCGAUGAUUACCAAUCCUUUGGCGCGUAUCAGCGCACACUCACUCUGAAGUGUGACCCCGGAGAGCCAGGCGUUAUUACUUGGAAACCGGACCGCAGCACCCCCGACACUGUAUACUACCAUUGCUUUACGCAUCGUUAUCUGGGCUGGAAGAUUCAUGUUCAUGAUAGUUGCGACAGCGCCGUUGCGGCCUCUGAACGGCACGAAAUACGAUUGCCCGCCGCCGAGCCGGACUAUGCGGGCGCCGAACAGUUUGAUGCCGAGCCGUCCAUACGUCACGAAACCAAGAUGGAAUCCGCGCUGCUGAGGCUCUCGAGGAGAGCAUACUAAGGAACCAAUCGGCGGUUGAACCUGGACCCACGCAAGCCAACAAACACGAUCAGACAAAUGGCUCUAGAAUUCCAACGAAACCACAGCUGGCCGCAAGCAGGCCCGAGAUUUUA